AUGAAAACAAUUCUAGUGCUGGCCGCCCUUGUGGCGGUACUUUACGCCAAGUCGUUCACCAUGGAGACCCGUAACACGGGAUCACUCCGCGCCCGCCUUAUCGCGGCUAACCUCUACCAGAAGUUCUUGGAGGAACAGCACUUGCUACGCGCUCAGAUCCUCGCCUCCGGCUCGCAGCCGUUCAUCGACUACGCUGACGAUUUCUACCUCGGAAACGUCACCGUCGGAACUCCCCCCCAAACCACCACUUUGGUUCUCGAUACUGGCUCAUCCAACCUUUGGGUAAUUGAUGCCGCUUGCACAACUGCCGCUUGCAACGGUCAGCCAAGCAGCGGAUACAACAAGCACAAGUUCGACACCACCAAGUCGUCCACCUUCACCAAGGAGACCCGCAAGUUCUCUAUCGAAUACGGAUCUGGAUCCUGCAGCGGAUACCUCGGCACCGACGUCGUCGGCUUCGCUGGUCUGUCGAUCCCCAAGCAGGAAUUCGGUGUCGCCACCACCCUCGCUGAAGUUUUCGGUUACCAACCAGUCGACGGAAUCCUCGGUCUCGGAUGGCCAGCUCUCGCUGUCGACAAGGUCGUUCCACCCAUGCAGAACUUGCUCAGCAGCCUUGACCAGCCCCUGUUCACCGUUUGGAUGGACAGAAAGUUGACAGUCAGCAACGGAGGUAACGCCGGUCUUAUCNUCAUCGACUACGCUGACGAUUUCUACCUCGGAAACGUCUCCGUCGGAACUCCCCCUCAAGUCACCACUCUGGUUCUCGAUACUGGCUCAUCCAACCUUUGGGUAAUUGAUGCCGCU